UUUUCUUUUAAAAAAUCCAGAGGGGACGUCAAUGUUUCCGCUGUCGUUUCCAGACCCCACACCCUUUGGCAAAAUAUAUCAAAUUCAAUAUUGGAGAUGAUGUAGCCUAUAUGCUAUUGUAAUAAUAUAACGUAGGCUAUAUCCAGAGAUCAUUCUGUAUGACGAAGAUUUAAGGCACAUGUUAAAUGCGAAUGGGUUAGAGUUCCUGAAAAGUUGCUGAGACAAAAGUGUAGGGGGAAUCGAAGCAAUAGCUCUAUAUGUUCUAUAGGCUAUAAUUUCUUAAAGGGACGCCCCUUUUUUGCAUACCUCCACACGUUUCCAUGAACGGACACGACACGCUCACUGAUACGCCGAUUCCCUUGUAACAGUAUCGGGAGCAUCCACCAGCUCAUAAGCGAUCUCCACUUUCCUCCGCGCACCAAACGACCAACUCAGGACUCCAGCAAACAUGACUGCUAAACACAGAAAUAAGAACAACUCGACCACCACCAACAACAACGAGAAAAAUAAUGCUCCACCACCACCACCACCUCAGCAACAAGAUGACGUGGCGAAGAAAAGUCAGAAAGCCAGCAAGGCAGAGACCCUACCAGCCCCUCACCCUAAAUCGAGUUCAGGGUCGGGAAGUUGUCUGAAACUUUUGGCUGCGCUUUGUUACAUCUCACUGGUGGCUGGUGCUGGUUUUGCGUCUUACUACCUUCAACAAGUAUUAGAAGAAGUCAGCCAAAUCAGCAACAGACAUGAAGAGUCUUUACAGAAGAAUUCAGAACUGGCACAGAAAGUGGAGACUGUUCUUCAACAGGUGGACUCUCUGAGCAGUUCACUGGCGUCUCUGGAAGGUUCCGUUACCGAAGGUGAGAGCGCGGUGCGCCUGCUGGGCUCGGCGGUGCAGAAGGGCGAGCAGGAGACGCAGCGCGUGCAGGAGGCCCUCCAGCGCCUCCAGAAGGAGAUCCUGCUCGACCUGUCCGAGGGCAUCCGCGAGGUGAAGGAGGCGCGCGAGCGCGACUUCUCCUCGCUCGAGUCGACCGUGGAGGACCGGCUGGCCGAGCUCAGCCGCUCCAUCGGCGACAGCGUGGCCGAGUUCGCCGGCGCCCAGGGCGAGUCGCGCGCCCAGCUCCAGGAGCUCCGCGCCCGCGUGGAGGAGCGCGAGGACCCGGCGAUGGUCAAGCAGGAGCUGACCGCCAUGGCCACCGCCAUCGCCGACCUGCACACCGCCAACCAGGUCGCCGAGGGCAACACCGGCGUGCUGCGCGAGCAGAUCGGGUCGGUCCGGGAGGAGCUGCAGGGCCGCAACAAGGAGAUGGCGUCGCUCUCGGAGGAGAUCGAGUCGGUGCGCGCGCUGGUGCAGACCACGGCGGGCGCCCUGCGCGAGGAGGUGAGCGCCGCCGAGGCCGCCGUUCAGGACAUGGCCGACCAAGCGCAGAGCCUGCAGAGCGGCCAGGAGCAGGCCGGCGCCGCCGUCCAGAGCCUGGAGAAGGAGCUGCGCGAGGAGAUCGCCAAGGCGCAGAGGCGCGCCGACGACCUCGAGAACCGGCUGACGGCCGUGCAGGAGAACGCCGAGGCCCUGGCCAGCGCCGACGCCGAGCAAGACGGCCAGAUGGAGGCCCUCCUGUCCAAGUACGACUCCUACGAAAGCGCGCUGGCCGCCCAGGGCAAGGCGGCGGAGAAGGCCCAGGAGGCCCUGAAGGCGGACCUGGAGGGACUGAGGGCCAGUCUGGGAGAGCAGCUCGAGGGCAGCGCGGCGUCCGUGGAGAGCGUCCGCGGCGACCUCUCCUCCGUCGGCCAGCAGCUGGCGGCCGUGGAGCAGAAAGUGGCCGCUCUCGGGGACGCGGGGGCCCUCGGCAAGGCCGUGGGAGACCUGCAGCAGCUCAGGGGCUCCGUGGACAAACUGCAGGCCAAAGCUCAGCAGCUGGAUGGCCAGGCGGAGGCUAUCGCCGGGCUGAAGAGCGCUGUGCAGGCGAUCAAGGCUGCAACAGCAGGCAAGGUGGGGAAAGCACCCAAAGCCAAAUAAGUGGACAGAGGUGGAGAGGCUAGAGAGUGAUAUGCUAUAGGGGUCAGGGGUGAUGAUGAGUAUAUCUUUGGGGAAGAUUUGAGGGUGUCAGUUUGCACAUGCAGCAGAAUAUUCUCUGUGUUUGUAUGUGUGUGUAUGAGUGUGUGUGUGUGAGUGUGUGCGUGUGUAUGUGUGUGUAUGUGUAUGUGGAGGAGGAGGAGACGAAGUAUAGAAAAUCGAGAAACAAGAAUUGAUUUAAAUCAAUGCCAAGAUAGUCUUUGUGGACUGCUGUUCUGUGAAUCUAAACACUUCAACCUGCACUGUAUUUUUUAAAUAGUUUUUCUCUUGUUUUUAUGAAGGGUCAUAUCAUGUCAUAAAAGCUCCCUACAACUCUUUGAAAAUCUGAUUGUACUGGCUGUUUUUUUUUUUCAAUAAAAGUUUGGAAACUACUGC